UUCGUGGUGUCACGUGGUUUACCAAAAUGGCUGCCUCCAGUGAAAGUGUGGGAUCGUCUCCUUCAUCAGAAGGCUGGUCUAAAUGGCAGAUUGGAUUGGCUGUUGGUGUCCCAGCAGUUGUUGUGGGUGGCUACUUACUGUACAAGAGAAGAAAGAACAAAAAAUCCGACAAAGAACAAUCGUCAAAUGGAGCCAAAAAGAAAUCAAGCACCGGCGAAGAUAAGUCGGUUAAAGAUAAAUUGGAAUCACAAAAUGAACUAGAAAAGGAUUUGUCACCUCUCGAGAAAGCCCAAGCAGACAAAAAUAAAGGAAACAAAUAUUUCAAAGGAGGACGUUAUGACCAGGCUAUAAAUUGUUACACAGACGCUAUCAAAGUUUGUCCACCAGAGGAAAAACAAGAUUUAGCAACAUUUUACCACAAUAGAGCUGCAGCAUAUGAAAAGCUUAUGAAUCUGAAGAUGGUUGUUGAGGAUUGUACAGAGGCUUUGAAAAACAAUAGUAAAUAUACAAAAUGUCUAAUGAGGAGGGCUAAUGCUGCUGAACAACUAGGAGAUUUAACACAGGCUUUAGAAGAUGUGACAGCUCUGUGUAUAUUAGAGGGAUUCCAGAAUCCUAAAUCACUAAUGACAGCUGAUCGAGUAUUGAAACAAUUAGGACAAUCAAAAGCCAAAGAAACAUAUGCUAAUAGAAAACCAACAAUGCCAUCAAAACAUUUUAUUAGAACAUAUUUAAAGGCGUUUACCCAGGAUCCAGUGAUCAAUGAAGCUGGAACCUUGGAACAGUCAUCUGUACAGAAUGGUGAGACAGACAUUCCAGACACAGACAGCCCCUAUUAUGAAGCUCUCAGACAGAUGAAUGCAGAGAAAUUUGAAGAAAUCAUUCCAAACUGUACCAAGGAGAUAGAAAAUGAUCAGUCAUGUAAAUGUGUGGAAGCUAGACUUCUGAGGGCCACAUUUUACUUCCUGGGUGGAGAAACAGAGGAAUCAUUGGCUGAUUUUAAAAUGUUGACAGAGGAUGAUGUCAAUAAAAAGAUAAGAGUUAAUGCUUUGAUAAAGAAAGGCAGUAUAUUCAUACAACAAGGCAAACAAACUGAUGGAUUGGACUGUUUUGCUAAAGCCGUGAGGUUAGAUCCUGAUAAUGCUGAUAUCUAUCAUCAUAGAGGUCAUCACAACAUACAGUUAGAUAGAGUAGAUGAUGCCAUCAGAGAUUUAGAGUUUGCUGUAUCUAAAUGUCCAACUUUUGCAGCAUCACAUGUACAAAAAUCAUUUGCUGAGCACAGAAAGUCAGCUGAAAUGAUAGCUAAUUCAGGUGCCAAAAUUCCUUUACCUCAAACUGUGAUAGAUUCGUAUAAAAAUAAUGUUACCAUGUUCCCUGAUAAUGGAGAUGCUAGAGCAUUAUAUGCACAGGCCUUGACAGAUGCAGGUAAAUUUGAUGAGGCCGAUAGAGAGUUUGAAAAAGCAAUCAAAUUAGAACCCGAUAAUGCCACAGCAAUGGUACAUAGAGGGUUGUUACAGUUACAAUGGAAACAAGAUGUUGAAGAAGCUAUAAAAAACAUAAACCAAGCUAUUGAUGUAGAUAAUAAAUGUGAAUAUGCAUAUGAAGUACUGGGAACACUGGAAGUUCAAAGAUCAAACAUGCAGAAAGCUAUGGACUUGUUCCAGAAAGCAAUACAUUUAUCCAGAACUGAAUCUGAGAUGGCACAUCUGUAUUCAUUACUAGAUGCUGCACAUGCUCAGUUGAAGGUUGCAAAAAAUUUAGGAAUCACAUUACCUGGCCCUAUGGGUAUGGGAAUGCCAUAAAUGUAAAAGAAA